AUGGAAAAUCGAAUCGCAAGUACAACAUACAAUUUACUAUUGGUGUCUUUGCUUGUGUGCCAUUUAAGUAGGCGCGGAAAGCUAUCUGACAAGGGUGUUUGUUUCAGGACGGCGCCGUUGACUGUACAGUCUUCACUGUCGCAGAUUAACAAAAGAAGGCUGGAGUUUGGAGUGGAUGUAGAAACAUUUAGAUCUAACGAUAGGCGAUUAGAACGAAUUAGUGGUGAGGGUUCCAUGGAGGAAGAAGAGGUUGUAGGUAAGAGAAGACGACGACUCCUCGACGAUGAGAGACGAGAUGAUCUGGAUGUUCGACGUCGACCUCUUCCAAUGCACCGACCUCAGGCUGCAAGACAACUAGAUGAGGAUGACGAGACUCUCAUACGAGAAACACAGGCGGCUUUAAAAACGCUUUCUGGCAACUGGACACGAGAGCCAACGACUCACAGUGGAGACGAACAUGAUGAACGUAAUGGCUUUGAGAAUGUUUUCGAAGAGAAUCGAUCGGAAAAAAUGUUACAGUCUUCCCCUUCACCAUCAUCCGACAGCGCCGCUUCACAUAAAAGUUACACCACGCGUCAUCACGAUGACCACAACAUGAACGGAAGCACCGAAAUCGACGCCAAACGAAUACGAUCAGAAAGAGAAAGGAUCAGCGACUACGACAAACACAGUAGACAUUCCAAUCAGUAUGAUACCCCAAACUUUGAUGAACUGAUUGACUCGUCUUCCAAUGAUUUAGAAAUAGAUAUAUCCGAUAGGUAUGGUGACGGCAGAGAAUUUAAACAUAAACGUAAAAGUGAAGUACAUUCCGUUAACAAACAAUCACUGUACAACGCUUACAAGGCUGCAACAGCGGCCUUGCCGUAUUCAACACAAUCAGCCUUCAAGCCCCCAGCAGAAGUAAAGCAUCGCCUCCAUAAUUCAUCCCUUCCUAGCGAACCUUUUGGAGGAUACUCAAACGAUCACGAAAAGAGUUCGAUACACAAAGGAUCGAAGCAAUACACUGUGUUGCAACCUGCCGGUGCAGGGUCCCGCGCGGCGACAGCACUACAGGAGGCACGUGCGGUGCCGUCCGCGCAACCGGCACGCGACUCACGACCACUCAACCCGCUGUCCCCGCCGGCUUCACGAGUUGUGCGUGGGGUGGGUCGGGCGCGGGGCGGGGCCGCGCAGGUACGCCCCGGCUGCGGCACGCCCGCCGUUAUCGAUCGCCCGCUCACGCCCCCACCCGCUCAUCACGAAAACACUAAUUUGUUGCACCGCUCGAUUUGUUCACAGAAGGCAACAAGUGUCCUACACCCGGAUGCAAUGGGCAGGGCCACGUCACCGGCCUUUACACUCACCACAGGAGUAUUGGCGUUGCACGAGACAAUCUUGAAGUGCCCCACUCCGGGGUGCAACGGGCGCGGCCACGUCAGCUCCAACCGAAGCACGCACCGUUCCCUCUCAGGUUGUCCUGCUGCCGCGGCGCGCAAAGCCGCAGCCAGAUCACAAAGAGCCAGACCCCCAUUGCCCCACGGCUCCCUCACAACUCCCUCAAUCGCGGCAUCAGAAAGUGCAGCGAGUUCCACGACCAGCGUGUCAGUGCGCGAGGCAUCGCCUCGCAGUCCAGGCGUGAAGCGCGAGUCGACCGAACUGCUGGUGCCAAAGCGAGAGGCCGCCGAGCCCGAGCGCGACUCCCCCACCAUGGAGACGCGCCACGCCGGCUACGGCGCGCCACCGGACCAACGAUCCCCUUACGAAAGACCGCCUGACGAUCACGUUCGGUCAUACAGCCAAAUGAACGAAACGCGGUACGGCUACGAGGCGAGAUGUUACGAAGGCGCGCCAGCCUUCGAGCGCUACGACCCGCAGUGCCCGCAGAGGCCCUACGGCUGGGAGGAGGAGCGCUACCAUGAUCCCCACCUACCCACCCCCAUGAAAACAGACCAGUCCGAACAGGAGACAAGCUCCGGCCCCAUAUACCCUAGACCAAUGUACCACUACGAGGCUGGUAGCGGAGUAGGCGGCGUCAGCGCGAUGGGCCCCAGCGUCCCCCCUGGCUUCUCGGCGAUCAACUUGUCAGUGAAGAUCGCCGCUGCACAGGCGCAGCGACCGCGCAGCCCCGACCCCAAGGGACCCGCGCGACCCACGCCCAGCCAUAGAUCUUUCCACGGUCCAUACGCAUCGCCGGUGUACACAAGCGCCGGUGGUGGCGGCGGGGGCGGAGCCCGUGGCAGCCCGCAGCCGGGAGCUUCGCCCCAGCUCACAGCCAGCCCUCAAGUGCCCAGUCCACAGGGUCAACACUCGGACCUUAGCGUAUUCGUUUACCACAUAGCAUAUGGCGGCGUUAGUCCCCAUCCUGUAGCAGGUUACGGUCUCGGCCAGCCGGACUAUGCGGCAGCGGCAGCAGCGGCCGGCUACGGUGGCUACCAGUACCAGUGCGGAGCGUACCCCCCGCCACCUGCAUACCCCCCACACGCUCCCCCUUACUCACCACCCUGUUACAUGCCACCACCACACGCGCCGCACGAUAAGCCUAAGGAUAGCAGUACCGAUAGUAUACGAAAAGGACGUAAUUAUCUUGAUACUACUACACUUAAUUAUCAACAUUAUGAGUCUGACGAUCCAAGAUUAGUUGAUCACUGCUACAAGCCGAGGAACCACGCUCACGCAGUCAACCCCCUGUCUGGAUGUCCGCGCGCCGACCGCUCACAACUACAGCCUCACUCCCAGGAACUCAAGUGUCCGACACCAGGUUGCGACGGCUCCGGACACGUCACCGGCAACUACUCCUCACACCGGUCGCUGUCUGGCUGUCCGAGAGCCAAUAAACCAAAGAGCAAGCCCAGAGAUGGCCAGGACUCUGAACCUUUAAGUGCAUCGGGAUGCCCGAUAGCGAAUCGCAACAAAAUGCGUGUUUUAGAGAGCGGUGGAACUGUGGAGCAACAUAAGGCAGCAGUCGCAGCAGCGGCAUCAGCCAUUAAGUUUGACGGAGUAAAUUGUCCUACACCUGGCUGUGACGGCUCCGGACACUUAAAUGGGUCUUUUUUGACCCAUCGUUCCCUAUCCGGCUGUCCAAUAGCAGGCGCUGCGACACCUACACCACAGCCCAAAAAGCCGAAAUACCCCGAUGAUAUCACACCACUGUAUCCAAAGCCCGGUUAUACAGGUAUGGAGAUGAACAUGCAGACGGGGAAUGGUGAGGAUCUUAUGACACUGGAACAAGAAAUUACGGAGCUGCAGCGCGAGAAUGCACGUGUGGAGUCACAGAUGAUACGCCUCAAAUCUGAUAUAAACGCAAUGGAAACGCAUCUAUCGCACGGAGAAAGGGAGACACAGACGAUGAUACAACGUAAUAACAAUCUUAACGAGUACUAUGAAAGUUUGCGUAAUAAUGUGAUCACGCUGUUAGAACAUGUGAGAAUCCCGGGUGGAGGAACAGCACCAGGCACUACUGCCGGCGGGACACCUGGUGCCCCUCCACCUCCCGGGCCAGGAGAGAAACCCACCCACGACAACUUUGAUUCAUACCUUACCAAACUUCAAACAUUGUGCUCACCCGACGGAUACUGCCCCGACGAAAACCGGCCAAUCUACGAAACAGUGAAAAACGCGCUUCAGGACUUCACAGUGCUCCCUACCCCCAUUUAA